AUGACGGAGAAGGAUCCACUAGUCUUAUGGCAGUCCCUGAAGGACCGCUUCAGCCAGCAGCUGACUAUUGUGCUCCUCAGAGCACAACAAGACUGGAUCAAUCUACGCUUCCAAGACUUCAAGUCUGUGGCUGCAUACAACUCCGCCUUGAACAAGAUUGUGACCAAACUGCAUCUAUGUGGCCAGAAGAUCACUGACGCUGAUAUGAUCGAGAAGACCUUGUCCACCUUCCACCCCGGCAACAUUGUACUUCAACAGCAAUACAGAAACUCAAGGUACACCAAGUACUGUGAGUUGAGUGAAGUACUAUCUGUUGCCGAGCAACAGAAUGAGGUUCUCAUGAACAAUCAUUCUACCCGACCUACUGGUUCCAUAGCUGUGCUUGAAGCACACGCUAAUGUUGCUGAGAGUUCUCGCAACGGCAAAAGGAGCCGUGGAAAGGGAAAGUGGAAGGGGACGAGGGGUGCCAUGUUCAAGGUCAAAGGAAAGGGAAGGCCCAAGGGUAGGUUCGACCCCAAGAAGGAAUGA